AUGUGGCCACAGGAGCGACUGAUGGUGCUGUGCACGCUGCUGCUGCUGUACAUGUUGUUCUCCGCCCCGCUGGAGUUGCUGACCGUCUUUUGGCACUGCACUACCUCCACAGCAGUCGGCAUCUCUUCGCCGUCCCCUCUGAAGCGUCUUUCUACGGGCUCGGUGCCCGGCCUCUCCACCAACUACGCCUCCUUGUAUCUCGGGGCCGCGGUGGUGUCGAUGGAGCCGUCUUCAUGCCACGGCGGUGCGGCGCUGAUUAGCGAGAGCGUGGACACGUACGUGCUGUGCCCCUGUGGUGCACCUCGGAAGCAAUUCGUGGUGCAGCUGAUCCGCGAUGUGCAGGUGCGCUCUGUGAUGGUGCGCAACGCUGAACACUUUAGCAGCGGUGUGCGCAACUUCACGCUGCUUGGCAGUCUACAGUACCCGACGUCCACCUGGUUAGUGCUGGGGCACUUUGAGGCGGAGCAGCGGCGCGGUCGCCAGUACUUUGAUGUCGCCCCGCGCAGUCGAGUGCGCUUCAUCAAGCUGCAGUGGGCGACCUCGUAUGGGCCGGAGCCGUGGUGCACGAUCACUUCUUUCCAGGUGUACGGCAUAGACGUUCUGGAGACUCUGACGCGGUACGACGGGGGCGACGACCUUCUAGCAGGCGAAUAUGCCGCUGUGGCCAGCGGCGGCCUCCGUGACACGCCGGACGUGCAUCGUUCUCAUCCACCAGAGCUUCCCCCAACACCGGGGGAGGUGGCGGCACUGUCCUUGGCUGGCAGCAGCGCAGUUCCAUCGAGGAACGACGCCACGUCUGCGAAAGGCUCCACGACGCCCGCAGUCUCCAUUGACGAGCUUGCGGCCGGCAUGUGGGACGGUGCCGCUGCGACUGUCGGAGCUUCGAGGGGGGCCGACGCCGAUGACCUCCUCCUCGCACCUGUCGACGUCGGCGCAUCAGCCGAGACAGGGCCGCUGUCCCAGCCUGGUGCGGAUGCAACGCGGUCUUCGCCAACCAACUCCAUAGCGCUCGCCGCGACCGCGCCUGCUCUCCAGUCGCUGAACUGCAGCGCUGCGCAGCCCAUUGGCUGGAACACGUCCCUGAAGUGCACCAUCACAGACCUGGCUGCUUUGUGGGGUCCGUGUGCGGUGGCCACGUGUGGUGCGUCUGACUGCACAGCUGUGGUCAUCCCCACUAGCGCUCCUGCCUUGUCCGUGCGCACUCCGAGCAGCAAAGGCCUCACCGCAUCCAGGUCUAUCUAUCAAAGUGCCGCGGGGUCUCUUCUUACGAACCUUCUUCGGCAGCAGCGCAGCACACAUCAUGAGCUGACAUUGCUGAUGCAGCGAGAGCGCCACCUGGCCCAAGAGCUCAACCGUACCCGCAUCCUCUUCAGCGACUUCUACGCAAGGUCCAAGGCAAUGGAGAGGGAGGCCAACGAGUACCGCGACCGGCUGCACGGGUUGCAGUCAAAGUUGCAGCUACUCCAAGAGCGGUUUCUUCUUCGCGAGCACAGCAGCUGCUGCGGCGAGGGAGGCGGCGCCGACAGAAGCGGCAGCAGCAUGAUGCGGAGCGACACAGCCGUGGCGGUGGCAUCGUUCGUGCUAUUAGCACUGACCGUGAUAUUGAUGUUCAUGUAUUCAUCCUCGUCAUCGCGUUCUGUCGUUGGCCCCCCGAGUGGUUGGGGACGUUACUACAACAUUGGUCGUGGCAGCGGCGGGGUGGCCUUGGGUGGCGGCAACGGGCCCCCGCUCUGGCCGCGGCAGCAGCGAGGCCGCGCAAGGUAG